AUCAGCCUCACCCUGAAGGAGCUGUUGUCGAUUGCACCUGAUGUCCGAAAGCAAGUCAAGGAACUGUCAUCCGCUAGGCGAGUUCCGAACGCCGCCACGCACCUUGUCUCGACGGAACCCUCGGAACCAACGACUUCCGAAGAUGCAAUCGUAGCUCAAGUCUCACAGCACGCGUGGAGCCCAGAGUCGGUUGCAGAACAGGCUAUGCCGUUACGUACAGUUAAAGCCAUCUUCGAAGAUACUGAAGAAAUCCACUGUAUUCUAGACCAAGGAGCAACACUCUGCAUCAUUCGCGAGGAUGUAUGGAAACGUCUCGGAAUCCAUCUGCGUUCCGAUCUCGCAAUUAUGCUCGAAACCGCCGACUCCGGACAAGCGCCGACGCUCGGUGCUGUUGAGAACGUAAAGAUCAAUAUCGCUGGAGUCGACAUCGCCCUCCAAGCUCAAGUCGUUCGUCAAGCCCCGUUCGAGGCACUCCUAGGCCGACCAUUCUUCGCUAUCACGGAAUGCGAAACGAAGGACUUCAUUAACGGCGACCAGUCCAUAACACUAUCGGAUCCCUCG